GGGGUCAGGGAGUUUUGGGGGCUCGGGGUGGAGUGGAAGGAGAGCGCCCUGUCUUGUGUGACCGGAAGUAGCGAUUGAACGAACUCCUGCGCUGUUGUGCUGGAGCCGGAGCUCGCGGCCCCCGCCACCCGCUGAGCAGACAGUUCUUGGGCUGCAGAGGCUCCACAGCCGUCUCUACAAUGGCAGAGGUCGCGGCGGCCGAAGGGAUCGAGUUGCCUGCACAGAUGUCUCCAACAGCCCUGGAGGCAUCCACCCUGGCCCUGGGGGAAACAAUGAUAUCAGCUGGGGUGACUGAGAUGACUCCCGGGGAGGCCCUGGCCUCCUCCCUCUUCUUCCAGCACCACCAAUUCAUGUGCUCUGAGUGCGGCAGCCUCUACAACACACUGGAAGAUGUCCUGUCACACCAGGAACAGCAUGCACCUGCCAUGCCUGAGGCCAUCACGCUGGCCGUGCAUGAGGUUGACCUGGAGGUGGGCAGCCUUGAGGAUGGGCCUUUCCAGUGCUGUGAGUGCAGCCAGCUCAUCCUCUCCCCCACUGAACUCCUCGCCCACCAGGAUGCCCACCUCCAGGAGUCAACCAGCCAGAUCCAGUACCAGUGCGGGGACUGCCAGGAGCUGUUCUCUUCACCUGAGCUCUGGCUGGCUCAUCGCCAGACCCAGCACCUGCCGGCAGCAGUGACGGCGGAGUCUCCAGGCCUCUCUCCCCUGCCUCCUGCCAUGCCGCCACCACCAACACCCCCUGCAGCCCCUGAAGUUAAGAUGGAGCCCUAUGAAUGUCCUGAGUGCUCAACCCUGUGUGCCACCCCUGAGGAGUUCCUGGAACAUCAAGGCACCCACUUUGAUUCCCUAGAGAAAGAAGAACACAAUGGACUAGAGGAAGACGAGGAGGAAGAGGAGGAGGAAGAGACGGGGGAUGAAGAGGCAGCAGCAGUGAUGGGUGAUGAUGCCCUGACAGGGGACAAGGCCACCGCCAGCCGGGCCCCCGGCUGUGGAGAUUGUCUCCAACAAAGGACCUCCAGUGGGGCACGAAGGCGACACCGGCGGGCAUCUAGGGGCCCUGCCUCAGCCACCCACCCCUUCCACUGCGGCCAGUGCCAGCGCAGCUUCAGCUCCGCCAACCGGCUGCUGGCCCAUGGUCGGGCCCAUGUGGGGGGCACACACGAGUGUCCUGCCUGCUCCAAGGUCUUCAAGAAAGCUGCCUCCCUGGAGCAGCAUGUGCGGCUGCACCGCGGUGAGGCCCGCUACCUGUGUGUGGACUGUGGCCGGGGCUUUGGCACUGAGCUCACGCUAGUGGCGCACCGGCGGGCACACACUGCCAACCCACUGCACCGCUGCCGCUGUGGCAAGACCUUCAGCAACAUGACCAAGUUCCUCUACCACCGGCGCACCCAUUUGGGAAAGAGCGGGGUGCCCUCCACGGCCACAGCGGGGUCCCCAGCACCCCCAGAGCCCGUGCCCCCACCCCCAGCCCCUGUCCCUGCCCCACCUGUCCAGCUGCCCUGCCCUCAGUGCUCUAAGUCCUUUGCCUCGGCCUCCCGGCUCUCCCGGCACCGGCGCGCCGUUCAUGGGCCCCCUGAGCGGCGGCACCGCUGUGGCAUCUGUGGCCGGGGCUUCAAGAAGCUGGUGCAUGUCCACAACCAUCUACGCACACACACAGGCGAGCGGCCUUUCCAGUGCCACUCCUGUGGCAAGACCUUCGCCUCUCUGGCCAACCUCAGCCGCCACCAGCUGACCCAUACGGGCUUGCGCCCCUACCAGUGCCUGGACUGCGGCAAGCGCUUCACGCAGAGCUCCAACCUACAGCAACACCGAAGGCUGCAUCUGCGGCCCGUGACCUUUUCCCGUGCACCCCGCCUGCCUGUCAACGGCCUCUACAACAAGAGCCCCUACUACUGUGGCACCUGUGGCCGCUGGUUCCGCGCCCUGGCCGGCCUGCGGCUGCACCAGCGUGUUCAUGCCCGCACCCGGAUUCUGCCGCUCACGGCACCACCCCGCUCACCACCCCUUACACCAACCCCAGCCCCCGAGCCACAGCAGACGAUCAUGUGUACAGAGCUGGGGGAGACCAUAGCCAUCAUUGAGACCUCCCAGCCACUGGCGCUGGAGGACACACUACAACUUUGCCAGGCGGCCCUGGGGGCCAGUGAGGCGGGCGGGCUGCUGCAGCUGGACACAGACUUUGUGUGAGCCACCAGAGAGAGCAGCAAUAAAAGUGUUUGGUUGCAAA